CGUCCCGCCGGGAGCAUGUACCAGAGCUCCGCGCGCUGCCUCUGCUCGGCCCUUCCCGCCCUCUGCUGCGCUCCCGCCGCCGCCGCCGCCUCGGCCUCCCGCCUGCCGCUGCCGCGGCCCCGCUCGCACCCGCCGGCCCCCGGCCCCGCCGCCCCGCGGGCAGCAGCGGGCGGCCCGCCCGCCCCGGGGACGCCGCCCCGCACAGCGUGUUCCAUGGGAAACAGCACCAGCCGGCUCUACAGCGUGCUCGCCAAGACGCUGAGCAGUGGUGCUGUAGCCCAGCACCAGGACUGCCUGGAGCAGCUGGACUCAGCACAGCUGGAUCCUAUAGACCCCAAGGAUUUGCUGGAGGAAUGUCAGAUUGUUCUGCAGAAGCGGCCACCCCGGUUUCAGAGGAACUUUGUGAGCCUGAAGAAAAAUACCGCCAGUAACCACCGCCCCAUCCGGGUCAUGCAGUGGAACAUCCUCGCCCAAGCUCUCGGGGAAGGCAAAGACAACUUUGUUCAGUGCCCCAUGGAAGCUCUGAAAUGGGAGGAGAGGAAGUGCCUCAUCCUGGAGGAAAUCCUUGCAUACAAGCCCGACAUCUUGUGCCUUCAGGAAGUCGACCACUACUUCGACACCUUCGAGCCACUCCUCAGCCGCCUGGGCUACCAGUGCACUUUCUUCCCAAAGCCGUGGUCACCGUGCCUGGACGUGGAGCACAACAACGGGCCGGAUGGCUGCGCCAUGUUCUUCCUCAAGGAACGCUUUGAGCUCGUCAGCAGUGCCAACAUCCGCCUGACCGCCAUGAAGCUGAAGACCAACCAGGUGGCCAUCGCUCAGACGCUGAAGUGCCACGAAACCGGCAGGCUCUUCUGCAUCGCCGUCACCCACCUGAAAGCCCGCACGGGCUGGGAGAGGUUCCGCUCUGCUCAGGGCUGCGACCUCCUCCAGAACCUGAAGAACAUCACCCAGGGAGCAAAGAUCCCGCUGAUCGUCUGCGGAGACUUCAACGCGGAGCCAACCGAGGAGGUCUACAGGGAGUUUUCGAACUCCAGCCUCAAUUUAAACAGUGCAUACAAGCUGCUGAGCCCCGAUGGACAGUCGGAGCCCCCCUACACCACCUGGAAGAUCCGGCCCUCUGGAGAGUGCCGGCACACGCUGGAUUAUAUCUGGUAUUCCCAGCAUGCCUUGAAUGUGAACUCAGCCCUGGGCUUGCUGACUGAAGAGCAAAUUGGGCCCAACAGGCUGCCCUCAUUCAAUUACCCUUCCGAUCACCUGUCCCUUGUGUGUGACUUUAGUUUUAAUCAGGACCCUGACAGGCUGCUGUAAUGUCUUGGAGUGCCACCUGGUAUUGCAGUGUUUGAACUCCCCGGUCUUCUAGAGAAAACCUUUGAAGCUAGAUGCUGUUGAAAGGUGAGGAGAUACUGUUGACUAACCAUUAUUUCAGGCACUUGUUUGGAGCUACACUUGCUGUUCAGCCCUCAUUAAUGUGCAGCCUUCACGGGAGGAAGAAGGAAGCCGGUGUUCUCGUCAUGCUCUUCCUGCUGCGUCAGGGUUUGAAAACGACAAGGCAAAUGGCUUUAUUCUUUCACUAAGCCUACUGUUUUAAGGAUUCAAUCCUCUAAUGAAUGUGGAGGCCUUAGUAUUUAAAUCAAAACACUUGUGUUUGUAAAGCAUCUUGCCCUGACAGCAUGCUGAUUUUAUUUAUUUCAUGUUAAGCUUCUGCAAGUACCAAAGGGAGUGAGGUUCGACUACCCAGUGAGAUUAUCUUAAAUCUUUUUCUGUUGCAAUAUGAAGGAAGUUUAAUGCAGUUCAGACAAAAAGCUAAGCUCAUAAUAGUGUGGUCUUGUCAUUUUACCAUGACCUGAGAUGACAAAUUCAUUAGUAGUGUGAGGAAGGACCCCUCCAGUAAGAGCAGGUGAGGAAAGAGAGGCUGGCUAUGACCUGGAGUAAUACCCUCACUUUUCCAGAAUAAUGUGCAUGUAUCUGUCACACACAUAAAGCCUGCAGGCUGUACAGUGACUGUUCCUUCAUCUCUUCUGUGCUUCCCUCUGGAGGACACAGCUAACUGGGGAUUAUUUCUUCCCCUGCUUUGAGUAUUACUUUUCUAAAUUGUUUAAAUUUGUAGUCUUGUCAAUCUUUCUGUUUCAGUAAAGGGCCAGUCUUAAUAUUGAAAGAUUUUCUUUUAUUUAUCUUCAGAAUCUAAAGCUACACUGGAACCUGUUAUAAGAUAAAAUUUAUUUAUUGAGAGAAUAAAUAAAUCUGAUUGGAAAUCAUAGAGUGACAGUGUUCAGGAGCCUCUUCCUGUGACCCAGGGAAACUCUGGCAAGGCAUCUGGGCUACAACAGAGGUGUGUUAGUAUAGUGUGUUAGUAUAGUAACUCCUGUGAUUGCUCACUGGUGACAUAGGAAUUGCAUAUAUGGGUUGCAAACAUGCCAGUAUGCCAUAAAAUGGCAUAGGAAGAGAGGGGGUAAGAGGGACAACAGAUGGAGUUGUGCUGACAUUUAGAUAGUUGAGGAAGAUAUGGCAUGGCAAAUAAAGCAGUAUUUCCAUGUGAAGUAGGGUGCAUAGUAACUCUUAAAUGUUCCAGGUGUUUAUUAAUAAAACUCUUUGGAAAAAAGUAAUAGCUCAGCUGCUUUCUCACUUCACUGUCCCAAGUUUCUGUUGCCAAGGAGAUGACCUGUCUCAACAAGUUUGAGCUUCAAGUUGCUGCUGAUGCUUCCCCUUCCAGACCUCUUUUCCCCCACCCCUAACCCUAAUCUCAGAGUGGCAUGGCUGCUUUGCCUUCACAGCAUACACUCUUUCUCCAGCUUGGAAUGGCCAAAUUUCACAAGUCAGAAGGGAAGGGAGUUGUGUUUAGCUGUUAAGCUGCUCACUCUUCUAGUUAGAGAGGAAACCUACGCUGUAUUACUGUAAAUAUUUCCCUUUCCAACAGUUGUGUGGAGCUACAAAUCUGCAAAAGGGAGGUGCAAGAAUUCCUCCUUGAGGGCUGCUAAAUGUGCAGGGGAAGGCUGGCCCCUUACAAGAUGCAGCUGUAUCUGCCACUUUCUUCUAAAACCUCAUGUGAAGAGAAGUGCCACAGGUGUGAGCUUUACACAGCCCAUAAAUUACUACACUUGCAUUGCUGAGAAGGGAAAUACAGAGUCUGGUGACUGGAAGUCCCAAAUUCCCACACAAACACACUCCUCAUCAGGCAAACAAAUGAAGUGCUGUUGUGCAGCUGUAACACGCUCUGCACAUGUUCCUGAUGCUUGCAGGAUGAGGGCAAUGAUGCAGAGGCUCCUUUAGCCAACCUGGGAUUUGUGUGGAUUUGACUUUGCCCAAAGGAAAGGAUUUUACAACCAAGGAGACAUGGACUUGGUGAAUACGCUUACCAGGCACGUGCAACAUGCCAGCACCUCCUUUGGCUAGAAUUUCAGAAAGAGCAAAUUGUGUCCCUGGAAGCCAGAAGGGUGGCGCUUUUGGGGGAGAUUUUGGGCAAGAGAUGCAACACUCCCAAUGCCCCACAGAGAGACAGACCUUUGAGCAUUGCUGCCAUGUUUCAUACCAAGUAGACACUGACAGCUUCCUUUUUAUGGUGCUGGCUGCCCUCAGCAUUAGAGAGGGAGUGAGAUGCAGUGCUUCUCCUUUACAAUUAUUUUCUCUUAGGACCUUCCCUCAGAUGGUCUUGCAGGGAGGAGCAAUGAUACAAGUACCUGUUAAUUAACAUCUGUAGUCAUCUGCAGCUAAACACUUCUACAGUCAACACCACAAUGUAGACCUGUAAGAUGGUAUCUUUAGUAGGUCAAACCCUUGCUCAUCUACCACAAAAAACUCACACCAGAAGCUGGAGCUUCCAUCCAGACUCCUUUUGGCAGUUUUCUUUCUCUGGAAGAAACUUUACUUAUGUGUAGAAAGCCCUGACAUGAGAGCAAAGAUCACGUCUGUAUUUAAAAACAAACUAAACCAUAACCACUCCCACCAAAAAUGAAAUCACUCCAGGAUUUAAUUUCACUUUUGUAUAAGCAGCUCCAUUUUCCUCAGGGCAGUGAAGAUGUCCAUCAGUGCGGCACCAUUCCCACUGCCAGGGCACAGAGCCACAGACCUGAUUGUGGAAGGCUUUUUACCAGCAAGAACUGAACUAUCACAGCUGCAGAAUUCCCACUCUCACAGUGGAGUAUCUGUAUGAUUCUUAAGGCAUUUUAAUUCAUAGCCUUGCUUGCAACACCAAUUCUCCUGAACAACAAAUCAAACUGUUGAGAAAGAGCAUGAUUUGUACUGCCAAUCACUGCCAGAUACUGCCAUCACUGCAGAACCUCUUCUGAAGUGGAAAGGGCUGGGAUUCUUCUUUCAUCCUGGACGUGUUACAGUAGAUGCUUGCUGCUUCAACUCCUUAAAGGGUAAUUUUGAAGGCAAGGGGGGGUGAAAUAACUGAAAGGGCUGGGGAUUCUUCCCAUCUCAAGGCAAUCCUUAAUACUGUCCUACUCAGAAAAUCCCUGCUACAGCACAAUGUUGAACCCUUUCUGCUGGAUUUUAAUAAAAAAGUAGACAGGCUGCAGAAAUUAACUGCUAAGUUCCCAGGCAGCUUCACCCUUUUAUUCCAGUACAUGCCAUAAUUUAUUUUGCAGACAGACUCUUUUGGAAAACUUAAAUGGAUUAUUGCUCUUGCUUUGUUUUAUGCAGCAAGAGGCAAGCCUGCAGCACUGAAAUACUUCUGCCAGCUAUAAAUAUCAGGACACUAAAUAUUGCUCAGAAGAAGCAGAAAGGAUUUUUUUUCCUGUGUAGCAGUAUGACUCUUAACAAUAAAAAAUGUCUUCCAAGCUCUUCUUAUGAAUGUAUGCCUUAGAAGCACACCAAGGCUAAAAAAAGGCUACAGAGAUCCCUUGCUUUCAUCUUGAAUAAAGCGUGUCUUAGCUUUA